CUUGUGUAUCUCGCACCCAGGUCAGCUCAUGUGGGAGGUACUAGACAUGCACUGGUAUCUAUCCAACGUGGCCUGCAAGCUGUAUAAGGUGGCGUCGACCUUCGCCAUCACCUCUAGCAACUACAUGCUCGUCGCCAUCGCUAUCGACCGCCACGAGGCUGUGGUAAGGCCACUCAACCCAUUUAUCAGCGCCAAGAACCUGGUGCUGGCAGCCUGGGCCGUUAGCCUCCUUCCUUCUCUGCCCAACCUCUUCGUCUUCUUGAGGUACGAGACGCAAGACGGAGGUGUUUACUGUGUGUCCAAGUUUUACACCAAGGAGCUGGAUAACAACUUCAGAAAGGUGUACCUGAUGGUGGUCCUCGUGCUGGUGUUCGUCUCUUGCCAGAUGUUGCUGCUCAUCCUCUACCUGAGGAUCUACUUCACCAUCUGGCGACAGUCCUCGUACUUCAAGAGCGGCGACAGAGGGAACAGUGACAGUCGUCGGUCCAACAGCCUUCUGCCUAAAGCGAAGACAAAGACACUUAACAUGACCAUCGUAAUUGUCGCCACCUUCUUCAUCACAAACACGCCUUACGUCACACAGGAGCUCAUGAUGGCCUUCUGGGACAUGAACAAAAUCAACCCCAAUGUGCUGGCGCUCUUCGGGAUCAUUUCGGCAUCCAACUCAUGCUUCAACCCUUUCAUCUACCUCUUCUUCUGUCCCAAGGGGGAGGGGAGGUCGCUGGAGAGUUAUCGGGUCACCUUCACGAGACGCUGGAACACCCUCAACAGCAGCAGGUCACCUCCAACACCUGCCUCCGCCCAGGCUUAUUCUACCACCGGCACCAGCAGUAGGGGCAGCAGAUGAACACCGAUGGAGGACACAGAACCUACCGAAGGACACUCCAGCAGCAGCUGCACGUGAGGUCUGUUUACAUGAGGGACCGAUCUGAUUCCUGGUAAAGAACGGUUUGAGUCUGAUGGACUUGAAACAUCUGGUGAACAUGUCAAUGAUUGUUGACUAUAUCAGGAUCUCGUGAAUGUCUGGUGACUUAAUGAAUGUGUUGACACUUGGUGGACUUGUCAAGGUCUAGUGAAAAUAUCAGAAUCUGGUUAACGGAUCAAGUUUUCGUGCAAGAGUACAGGAAAAAGGAAAAACUUAUUGACAUUCAUAAUCCAAGAGGUGCCUCAUGUAUGGUGAUCAUCUCUGUUGAACACUGUAGAGUGUAGAUGAUAACAAGAGUGCAUCUGCUGUUCAAACACAUAAGUAAUUGUUCCCUUACAAGAAGUAAGCUAAAACAACCACUGAUAAAGAUCAGUGAUUUCCAAGUACAAAGUAGUUUGGUAUGUUGCAGCUGUCUUAAGACCAAACAUGGAUUUGUUAAGUUUCCUCUAAAAAGUUUGCUGUCUGGUUUUAAAAUGGCUAUCAAGCAAUAUGAAGUUCUAUAAAUGUAUCUAUGAUUCAUGUAGACUUAGUCAGAUAGAGGUGGCAAUGUUCAUGUCAGUGAGAGGAACAAUUCUAGUUAGGUGCCUGUAAGUGCAAACUUGGUGACACUGGUUCAAGGCCCCGGAUACCAGUGUUGCCCAAGUGAGGCACUGGGUGUUUAGUACAGCUGAAAGAGACAGGAGUGAUGAAACAGUGUUGAAUAUAGUAAACCUUUUCCAUGUUUAUGUUAUACCAUGGGUGUGUAGACGUGUGACUGACAUUAUGAUCUUGCCCCAAUGGUAUCGAUAAAAUGUGGGAGAAUGAAAUCUUAAUAAUUACUAUGUUAUAGGAUUGAACUGUCUGCUGUACUUGUGUGAUGAAUAAAUCAAAAUAAUA